AUGAGGAAGCCGGAACAUAAUAAUACAACGAUGAAGGAGAAGGAGAAAGUGAAUAAAUUAGGGAAAUUAAGAAAAGGCUUAUGGUCACCAGAAGAAGAUGAGAAGUUGAUGAGUUACAUGUUAACAAAUGGUCAAGGAUGUUGGAGUGACAUUGCUAGAAAUGCUGGAUUACAAAGAUGUGGUAAGAGUUGUCGUCUUCGAUGGAUUAAUUACUUGAGGCCUGACCUUAAACGCGGCGCCUUUUCUCUUCAAGAAGAAGAACUCAUUGUUCAUUUGCAUUCUAUUCUGGGAAAUAGGUGGUCACAAAUUGCAGCUCGUCUUCCAGGGAGGACAGAUAAUGAAAUCAAGAAUUUCUGGAAUUCCACGAUUAAAAAGAGACUGAAAAACAACAAUAACAACAACAACAACAACAACAGUAACAACAGCACGCCAUCGCCUAACACGAGUGAUUCUUCGAUGGGAGGAAUAUUUCCAAUGCAAGGGCACGAUGUAAAUGUUAUGGCAGCGUUAUGCAUGGAUAAUUCGUCGUCUACUACUUCAGGAUCAUCCAUGCAAGCCAUGGUACCUAGCAACCAUUUCAACCCUUUCCCUCAGCUUGAUAAUACAAGUUACGAUAUAUCUGGAUUAGUCGGGCCAGUGAAUUUAGGUCAAUUUGGUUGUAGUAGAGGUGAUGCUGGAUUUUUGGACUAUGGAGUUGUGGAAACUUAUAGUAUGAUGGGGUUAGGAAGUGAUGAAUUUUCAAUACCUUCUUUAGAGGGUGUUAAUAAUAAGAGUACUACUACUAUGGGAGAGAAUAAUAAUAACAAUAAUAGUGAUGUUGAUUUUAGUAGUAAUAACAUUGUUAGUGGUGCCAAUGACUAUGAUUCCAUGAUUGAGAAGAAAAUUACAAAUGGUAACAACAACAACAACAACAACAACCAACACUUGAUGAAUAUGAGUGGAAGUAGUGAUCAAAGCCUAAAGGUUGAAGACUAUAUGGUUGGUUUUGGGAAUCAUCAUCAUUGGCAUGGAGAAAGCUUAAGAAUUGGAGAAUUUGAUUGGGAAGGUUUGUUGGCAAAUGUUUCCUCUUUACCUUACCUUGAUUUUCAAGUUGAAUAACUACUCUCUCCAACCCUUUCAACCCCACAUAUACCCCCACAAAAUGACACAAAUACCCCUCUUCUCAAUAUUUCUUUCU